AUACAUACUUGAUCAAUUCAGUUUAGUACUUUAGUCUCAUGAACUUUCUUCAGCUUACAGUAAUAUUUGUUUUGCUUUAUGACUUGAGUAUUGGAUUUUGUAUUUGGCUACUACAUUGAUGCAUAUGAUGGGGUUUAUCCGCAAUGAAUGUUUUGAUCCUAAAACAUGGAUCAUACCUGGUGAUAACUCUCAAACCUACACACUGCGGAAAGAAGUGCUUUCAAAUGAAAGAAUUGUUUAUGACAGGGAGACAAGUAAGACGGUUGCUGAUGUAAUUGAGGCCCUUAUUGGUGUAUUCAUUUGUACAACAAGUGAAAGAGCAGCCUUAGCGUUUAUGAAAUGGAUGGGCUUUGAAGUUGACUUCAUUUAUGUUCCGUACAAAAGGCCAGUCCCUGCAAAUCCAGAGAAGCUGGUCGAUCUGAAAUUUUUCAAGAAACUAUUGAAUCAAUACUCAUUCCGUGAUGCUUCUCUCCUUGUUGAAGCACUUACUCAUGGUUCUUACGUGCGACCCGAGAGGCCCACAUCCUAUAAGCGUCUGAAAUUUCUUGGGGAUGCGGUGCUGGAGUAUCUCAUCACCAUGCACUUCUACAAUAAGCAUCCCAAUCUGUCUUCUGGAUUAUUAACAGAUUUAAGGUCAGCUUCUGUGAACAAUGACCGCUAUGCACGAACUGCAAUUAAAACUGGGCUUCAUAAGCACAUUCUACAUGAUUCACAAGACCUGCAGCGGCGCAUUCUCGCAAUUGUUAAAAAUUUUAAGCAAUCAUCACAAGACUCGACUUUUGGGUGGGGGUCAGGGCCAGUGAUCAAGCUUCUUGCAGAUAUUAUAAAAUCUCUUGCCGGGGCAAUAUACGUUGAUUCUGGAUAUGACAAAGAGGUUGUAUUUCGAAGCAUAAAGCCACUUCUUGAGCCUCUGCCUACCCCUGAGACUUUAAAGCUCCAACCUGUAAGGGAACUGGAGGAAUUGUGUGCAAAGGAACACUUCGACCUGAAGGAGGAGGAUGGCAAGCUUAAGGUUAAUGCAAAUGGUGUCAUUUAUGCUCGCAGACUAAGUGCAGCAAACAAGAAGACAGCAAGAAAAACAGCAUCCAUGGCUAUUCUGGCGAAGCUGAAGAAAAAUAAGUUACACCGGGGAGAGCCACAUUCAGGGGUGUGAUGUGAGAGAGAUUUUUUGAGAGGUUUAUUGGAAUCAACCGUUAUCCUAAGGGUAAAUUGCUUCUAACCCCUCUAAUUUUAUGUAAUGCCAAAUGAAUCCCCUAAAUUUUCAAAAUAGCCACAUAACUCUCUUAUGAUUUUAUGUAAAGUAAAAAAAAAAAACGGAAUGCACAAUCAGUUAUAGCAUUUAUAUCAAAUGCACUCUGAAAGCACUUGCAAUAAAAUCUUGAUAUCUAUGUAACUCCUUUAUAA